UUAGAUGGUCUGAAUUUGGGUGGAUCUGGAGAUGAGAAAGUCGUAGGAACGAAAGUGCUGUGUGGUAUGUUUCAGCCCGACCAGAUUUCCAGACCGGACCAACUAGCUGACGGAGUGCUGAUAAUCCCCGCCGGAAACCUGACCUGACCCGAACCCCAACUCUUCGGACCCCCUGAAGCAGAAAUGCCCAAAAAGAAAACAGGUGCCCGGAAAAAGGCCGAGAACCGUAAGGAGCGAGAGAAACAAAGUCGAGCCAACCGGGAGCAUGUCGAUGUGGCCAAACACCCCUGUAACUUUAAUAUGGAUUGUGACAAAUGUCAGAGAAAACAGAAGACCAGAGCUUUCUGCUACUUCUGUAACUCACUGCAGAAACUGCCUGUAUGCGCUCAGUGUGGUAAAACUAAAUGCAUGAAGUCAUCAGAUUGUGUCAUCAAACAUCCUGGGAUCCACACCACUGGAAUGGCCAUGGUGGGGGCAGUGUGUGACUUCUGUGAAGCUUGGGUGUGCCACGGCAGGAAAUGUCUGAGCACCCAUGCCUGCGUCUGCCCGUUGACUGAUGCAGACUGUAUCGAGUGUGAACGCAGUGUCUGGGAACAUGGAGGGAGAAUCUUCCGCUGCUCUUUCUGUCAGAACUUCUUGUGUGAGGAUGAUCAGUUUGAGCACCAGGCGAGCUGCCAAGUCCUUCAGGCGGAAACAUACAAAUGUGUUUCCUGUAAUAGACUGGGACAACACUCCUGCCUGCGCUGUAAGGCCUGUUACUGUGACGACCACGCCAAGAGUAAGGUCUUCAAACAGGAAAAAGGCAAAGCUCCACCCUGCCCAAAGUGUGGUCACGAGACCCAGGAAACCAAAGACCUCAGCAUGUCCACUCGCACACUGAAAUUCGGUCGCCAGGCUGGUGCUGAUGAUGACGAUGACGACGGAGCGUCUGGGUACGAUGCUUACUGGAAGAACUUAGCAUCAGGAGGUGGAAACCAACAGGACAACUAUGGAGAGGACGAUGACUAUGAGGAGGAUGAAGACGAUGAGGACGAGGAUGAAGAUGAGGAAGAGGAAGAUGACGACGACGAGGAGGAAGAGGAAAGUGAGGCAGAAAAGGCUGCUGAUUCUGUGGCUGCUCUUAAACUGGAUGGGACUGCUUGAGCUGGGGCAGAGACUGAGCAGCCUGCACAGUCCUACAGAUCCCUCAGUGGAGGUUCAUUUGUUACAGUUCAGGAAUGAACAAAGAGAUGACAGGAAGAAUUCAAGAAUCAUGUUGGUAUUGACUCAGACUGAGUGUGGACACAGUCAAACAUUUCUGUUGUCUUUUUGAAUACUUAACAUUUUGGAAACUAUACACAUCUGUAAAUGUAAUGAAACGGUCUCAAUAAUUGUCAGUUUUAUUAAAAUCAACAGUUCACUGAUGAAAAUUUGCAACUAA